AUGGCUGAACAAACGAUAAACUUAGUGAAUGUUUACGCUCCCAACACCAACACUAAACGGCGGACUUUUUUAUUGAUUUUAGAACUCUUUAUUUCAAGGGAAAACGAAAACAUACUUGGGGGUGAUUUCAACUCUAUUAUGGACAACAGACUGGAUAAACUUGGUGGAGAUCCAAAUUCUCGACAAGCAGCGACUUAUUUUCUGCGUACGUUUAAUGAGCGUUACGAUCUAUGGGAUAUUUGGAGGGAACGGCACAAGGAUGAGCGAAAUUAUACGUGGACUGCCCGUACGACGUCAACCAUUUAUUCAUUCCGACAAGAAUUGAUUUUUUCCUUACUGGCCGCGCCUUGA